AAGUCCGUUUUCUGAGAUCCGACCUGCCGACAGUGGCAUUUUGGACAUUGAAUAGGAUAGUAAGGAUAGACUAAUCUGUGUUCAUGAGGUACAUCUCUAUAAAAAAAACAUUGUAAAAAAAGUUCUUUCGAAACUGUCAUCCUGUGAUAUUAAUCAUGGGUCGUGUGAUCCGUGCGCAACGUAAGGGAGCCGGUUCGGUUUUCGUUUCACACACUAAAAAGAGGAAAGGAGCCCCUAAACUCCGUUCCUUGGAUUACGCUGAGCGUCAUGGAUACAUCAAGGGUGUAGUUAAGGACAUCAUCCACGACCCCGGUCGCGGCGCUCCCCUGGCCGUCGUCCACUUCAGAGACCCCUACAAGUUCAAGACACGCAAGGAGUUGUUCAUUGCCCCCGAAGGUCUCUACACAGGACAGUUCGUCUACUGUGGAAAGAAAGCCACCCUUGAAGUCGGAAAUGUCAUGCCCGUGGGUGCUAUGCCUGAGGGUACCAUUGUCUGCAACCUGGAAGAAAAGAUGGGAGACCGAGGCCGCCUAGCCCGUGCUUCCGGCAACUUCGCCACAGUUAUUGGACACAACCCCGAUGCCAAGCGCACCCGUGUCAAGCUGCCGUCUGGCGCCAAGAAAGUCCUGCCCUCCAGCAACAGAGGCAUGGUUGGUAUCGUCGCCGGUGGUGGUCGUAUUGACAAGCCCAUCCUGAAGGCCGGUCGUGCCUACCACAAAUACAAGGUCAAGCGUAACUGCUGGCCAUACGUGCGAGGAGUUGCCAUGAACCCUGUGGAGCAUCCUCACGGAGGUGGUAACCACCAGCACAUCGGUAAGGCCUCCACCGUGAAGCGAGGAACCUCGGCCGGUCGCAAGGUCGGUCUGAUCGCCGCGCGCAGGACCGGACGAAUCCGCGGAGGAAAGACAGACACGAAGAAGGAGGCGUAAAUGUAAUGUUUUGCCUAAUAAACUACAGAAAACCAA